CUGGGCAUAAUAGACAGCUGCAUAGCAGAAAGGAAGCUGCACUGGGGAACAGGCACAACGGGUGUCCAGGAGAGAGUGUGAAGGUUAGAAAAGGUCAUCUAUCUUUUCCACCUUCUGCAGCAUCUCGGUUUUAUCCUCCUUACCUACUGCCGGAAACACAUUCAACACAAAAAGUCCUGUAGCGAAGUCCAAGUUCAAAUCAUCAGCUGCAUUCUGUACUAUGACCCAAGUAGUGACCAACAACAUGUACAACUAUACGUAUGAAGAAGAACAAGAGUAUAUGAACCAGGAAGAUGAUUGGGACCGGGACAUGCUCUUGGAUCCAGCCUGGGAAAAACAGCAAAGAAAGACAUUUACAGCAUGGUGUAAUUCCCAUUUGAGAAAAGCUGGCACAGAGAUUGAGAAUAUUGAAGACGAUUUCAGAAAUGGCCUUAAACUUAUGUUACUUCUGGAAGUCAUUUCAGGAGAGAGACUGCCAAAACCAGACAGAGGAAAGAUGCGUUUUCAUAAGAUUGCCAACGUCAACAAAGCUUUGGACUUCAUUGCCAGUAAAGGUGUAAAGCUGGUGUCUAUUGGUGCAGAAGAAAUUGUGGAUGGAAAUAUAAAAAUGACCCUGGGUAUGAUUUGGACAAUCAUCCUGCGCUUUGCUAUUCAAGACAUAUCAGUAGAAGAAACCUCUGCCAAGGAAGGUUUGCUUUUGUGGUGCCAAAGGAAGACAGCUCCAUAUCGCAACGUGAACAUUCAGAACUUUCAUACUAGCUGGAAAGAUGGUCUUGGGCUAUGUGCCCUUAUUCACAGACAUCGGCCUGAUCUCAUUGACUACUCCAAGCUAAAUAAGGAUGAUCCUGUUGGAAACAUUAACCUAGCAAUGGAUGUAGCUGAAAAAUACCUGGAUAUCCCAAAAAUGUUGGAUGCGGAAGAUAUUGUAAAUACGCCCAAACCUGAUGAAAGAGCGCUUAUGACUUACGUUUCGUGUUUUUAUCAUGCGUUCGCUGGAGCAGAACAGGCAGAAACGGCAGCUAAUCGAAUCUGUAAAAUACUUGCUGUCAAUCAAGAAAAUGAAAAGAUGAUGGAAGAAUAUGAAAGACUAGCAAGUGAGCUUUUAGAAUGGAUUCGUCGUACGAUUCCAUGGCUUGAGAACCGAACAUCUGAAAAGUCACUGCAAGCUAUGAUGAAGAAACUUGACGAUUUCCGAGAUUAUCGUCGCAAGCAUAAACCUCCCAGAGUCCAGGAGAAAUGUCAGCUGGAGAUAAAUUUCAACACUUUGCAGACAAAGCUGAGGAUAAGCAAUAGGCCAGCUUUCAUGCCAUCCGAAGGGAAGAUGGUCUCAGACAUUGCAAAUGCGUGGCAAGGAUUGGAGCAAGGUGAAAAAGGAUACGAGGAGUGGUUACUUAAUGAACUGAGAAGACUUGAGAGGUUGGAGCACUUGGCUGAGAAAUUUAAGCAGAAGGCUUCUACCCAUGAAUCUUGGACAUUUGGGAAAGAACAGAUUCUAAUGCAGAAAGACUAUGAAACUGUAUCUUUGACGGAACUGCGAGCACUUCUGAGAAAACACGAGGCGUUUGAAAGCGAGCUGGCCUCCCGCCAGGACCGCGUAGAGCAGAUUGCUGCCAUUGCCCAGGAAUUGAAUGAACUGGAUUAUCAUGAUGCAGCUAGGGUUAAUGAACGAUGCCAGAAGAUAUGUGACCAGUGGGACCGACUUGGUACAUUGACUCAAAAACGAAGGGAAUCUCUUGAGCGUACAGAGAAACUUUUAGAAACUGUCGACCAGCUUCACUUAGAGUUUAUAAAAAGAGCUGCACCUUUCAACAUCUGGAUGGAAGGAGCCAUGGAAGAUCUUCAGGACAUGUUCAUUGUCCAUAGUGUAGAAGAAAUCCAGAAAUUAAUUACAGCCCAUGAACAAUUUAAAGCUACAUUGCCUCAAGCAGACAGUGAAAGACAAGCAAUUAUCGGAAUCCAAAGUGAAGUGGAAAAAGUGAUUCAGAGUUAUAACAUUAGAGUAUCUUCAGUCAAUCCCUACAGUACUGUAACCUUGGAUGAACUGCGCACAAAAUGGGAAAAGGUAAAAAAGCUUGUGCCUAUUCGAGAUCAAUCACUGCAGGAAGAGUUAUCCCGGCAGCAAACUAACGAACGGAUGCGUCGACAGUUUGCCUCUCAAGCCAAUGUUGUUGGCCCAUGGAUCCAAAACAAAAUGGAGGAAAUUGCUCGAAGCUCCUUUAAUCUCACUGCGUCACUUGAAGAUCAGAUGAACAGUCUAAAGCAGCAAGAACACAACAUAGUGAACUACAAGCACAACAUCGACAAACUAGAGGGAGAUCACCAGAUUGUUCAAGAAUCCCUCAUAUUUGACAAUAAGCACACCAACUAUUCAAUGGAGCACGUCCGUGUGGGCUGGGAGGUCCUGCUAACUACUAUCGCUAGAACCAUCAAUGAAAUUGAAACUCAGAUGCUGACUCGAGAUGCCAAGGGAAUCACUCAAGAACAAAUUAAUGAAUUCCGCUCCUCGUUUAAUCACUUUGACAAGAGGAAGAAUGGAUUGAUGGACCAUGAUGACUUCAGAGCUUGUCUGAUAUCAAUGGGCUAUGAUCUGGGGGAAGCAGAGUUUGCACGGACCAUGGUCCUAGUUGACCCCAAUGGGUCAGGAUAUGUAACCUUCCAGUCAUUUAUUGACUUCAUGACAAGGGAGACUGCAGAAACCGACUCGGCAGAACAAGUCAUUGCAGCAUUUAGAAUCCUGGCAGCUGAUAAGCCCUACAUACUAGCCCAAGAACUUCGCAGGGAGCUCCCUCCAGAUCAAGCUGAGUAUUGUGUUUCCAAGAUGCCACCAUAUAAAGGACCUGGAUCCGUCGCUGGAGCUCUCGAUUACAGCUGUUUCUCGUCUGGCUUGUAUGGAGAAAGUGACCUGUAACUGAUUAAACUCUUGUAUGCAGAUUGAUAUGACUACAUAGCAUAAAGAGUUUGAGUGUUGGCUUUAAAGAUAAAAAAAAAAAGUGCUUAAAAGUGCAGUAUCACAAAAAACUAAAAAUAUAUAGUUAUAUUAGUGUUUUUAAAUCCCACCAAAUUAAAAAAAAUUUAAGGGACACUGUAGACAUUGCAACUGCGUCAUCUCAUUGAAGUGGUUAUAGUGUCUGGAGUUCCCUGGUGCUGUCCAUCCAUUCAGCAUCAAACAGUUUUAAUGCUUUAAUGCUAAAUGAGAGUCCCCAGCAGCCCAUUCCUUCUGUGGUAGAAGGGAUGGCUGUACAAUCACAACUUUGGCUUUAACUCUAGUAGGGGCUGAACUGAGGGUGGCCAGGGACCCUCAUACAGUAUUACACUACUCAAAAAUUGAUAAACACAGAAUGGAGGACUCGAAGCACUAUAACCAAUUUAAUGAGAACAAAUGGUUAUAGUACCUACAGUGUCCAUUUAAAAUGUGAAAUUAGAAUGCAUAUUGUUUCACACUCUGGGGAUUGAUAAAAAAAAAAAUCUCCACUGACAUGCACAGCCAAAAACUGGCAUUAAAAUAUGGAUGAAAUUUAUAUUGCUAAUGUGGAAGUAAAACUUCUUCGUUAGCAAUUCUGAAGAGCAAGGGCUAAGCUGUGGGUGCCUCUGGGACCCCGAUUUUGGUCAAACUGCUUGCAAAUAGUUGAACCAACAACUAGGGAUGACUUCUGCAAUCUAAAGGCACCAUAACCACAACAUGUAGUGGUUAUUGUGACUAGACUACUCCAUUAAACAUAUUAUAGAUUUGUCACAAAAAAAAAUAUGGCUUCAUGUGGAAAAAUUACUUUUCACUUUAGCUACACACUGCACUACGGAAGCCCAGAGUGGCCAGGUAUUUUUAAUAUUUUUCUGACUUGUUAUCGCAAAAAAACAAGUUGUUUUCUUGAGAUAACAGGUCUGAAAAAUUGUAAAAAUACAUGGCCUUUUCUGGACUUCCAUACUGUACUAGCUAACUAGUUAGAUUAGAUUAUAGAUUACAUGAUUGGUUUAAAUUUUCUGCUUACAUUUCCUUUGGCAUAAAAAAGUACACAGUGAAAUUAUGUCAUCAUUUCACUGUCAGAAUAGAAAAACUCAUGUUACACAAUUAAUCUAAUUUGCAAUAAGGUUGUGCACCCAUGACCUCCAGCUAGGGUUGCCUUUUUUAACACUUUUUAGGGGGAGCUCUAACUAAGUACUUCUUUAUUCUUGCCAAAGGCACCACCAUAUUUCUUGAUUGGUUUUACACCUGGAAUAUAUGAAUUCCACAUACCGUUGACAGCUCUUUCACGCCCAAUCCAAGAGAAUGAAAAUACAUCAGCUUCUUGAACAAGCUGAGCAUGGACUGCAAUUAUCUUUGCUACAGUUGAAAAUGUUGAGAAUAAUCUAACAGUCCAAAACAAUCUAGAGAAUGAAGCUUGCCACUCCUGCACAUUUGAUAGGGAUAUGAGUUGCACAAUAUUUUAGGGAAUUUCAUUUCCUACUUGAAGUGGACCUGAUGAUAGGUCACCUUUAAUAUCUCAUAUGGUGGGAUCCAAUCUUCUGUUUAAAAACAGUGUUUUUCCUUUCUCAUGUAAAAGCCAUAAUUAGUUCUUCUUAUUAUUUCACUGACUACUUGAAACUGGAUUUUAUGCAUUAAAAAUUGGGUUGUCAACAAAUUGAGAAGGUUUUUAGGUCUACCUUUCUGUUUAAUUCUAUAAAUAAUCCAUGUCACUGAUUACGGUAGUAUGCUGCCUUCCUCUGUCAUUGACUGGAAUACACACACAUAACGCAACUCAUAAACACACAACUACCCAGCUAGCCAAUGCAAUGUGCUAUUCAUAUUUAUUUAUUAUUUAAUUACUCUAAUUUCAUCUACAAUGUGGUGAUGGUUUCUGGCUAGCAGAUGUGAACUGUUGGGAAAACAUACUGGAAAAAUAUAAACCGUAGGAUACAUAACAGCUCAGAAUAGCAGGAGAGAACUUGUUGGAUUGACUCUGCUUUUACACAAUUUCUGGUAGAAAAGUAGGCGAGGGUAUGCAUGCUUUUUUGCGUGCAGCAAUCUAUUUUGCAUGAGAAAUAUGAAGUACACAGAAGAAAUUGCAGUUUUAUUUUUCACGCAUAUAGCAAGGCACAGAAACCUAAAUCUACUUUUUUUCACACACAAAGCACACACUCAACUUCUGCACAAUAUGUGAAAAGUGUCACAUCGACAUACAGGUACACAAGUGGAGAAAGGCCCUACUCAAACAAAACGUACAGGACAAAAACAUUGUGGAACAUAGAUACACCUAUGGUAAAAUAGAUUGAGGUGGGCUAAACAUGCAAAAGCAUUUAGAAAGCAAUAUAAGUUGCCAUGUGUUCCAUCUAUAUCAAACAAUAGUGAUUGCUUGUAUAAAUGACAUGACAACAUAAGUAUAGAGACAUGAACGGCAGGGCUAGAUAAGACAGUGUAAGGGAAGUUGUGUCUGAAACACAUUCCCACAUACAUUAUCCUUGUAUCUCAUAUCCAGUGUGCCUUUGUCUGGAACAUAAAAAGGGUUAUUCACAAAAGUGAGAAUUGAAAGUGUAUUUCAAAUGAAAGGUCAAGCUGAACUGAAAACAUUCAAAAGCCAGCUAUGCUUUCUAUUCAACUAUUCUGGGCUUAAAUUUGAAAUGUACCUUGAAUAACCAUUUUAGUAAAUAACACUGGAAGAGAGCUAGGACAGGUCAGCUAGUUAGGUUGUCUGGGUCCUAAAAGCCUCAUAUUAGGGAGGUAGGAAAGAAAUUCUGGGUGGUAAAAAUAUUCAAACAUAUGCAUAUACAAUUUUACAGGUAUUCGGAUUUUUUUAGGAACAUUGAAUUUAAAAUGAAUUUCCUUGAUUAUGAGAUAUCCAUAGAAUUAUGUCAAAUUCAAACCCUUUGCAAAAAACAUGUAAUAGUUUUGUUGUGUGUAUAGAUGAAAAAUAUUGAUCCCUGUAAAAUGACAGCCUUUCUACCAAUGGCUUGUGAACAUUAUUUUGUGUGACUAUGUACAUUUUAUUUUAAUUUGAAUCGCUUUAUUCCAACAACAACAAAAAAGAAAUAUGUAAAGUGGUAAAAGCUACAAAACAAAAAAUGUUAUUCACCAGCCAAUGCUUUAAAUCCAUUAAAGGAGCCCUAGGAGUAAAA